AUGCUUCUCAGCUUUGGCCGGCGUGCUGCCUGGCCAUCUCAUCAAGUCCAUCUUAGAGCCUCCGUGAGGAACUUCUCCGUCUCACGUUGCGUCUCCCGGCAUGCCGACGCUCCAUUCCGCCUGGCCGUUGUCGGGUCCGGUCCUGCCGGGUUUUAUACGGCAUAUCGGGUCAUGUCCAAGCUGCCGCAGGCUCGCGUUGACAUGUACGAGGCUUUACCAGUCCCGUUCGGUCUUGUUCGUCAUGGUGUUGCGCCAGACCACCCGGAAGUGAAGAACUGCCAGGAGAAAUUCGAUGAAGUUGCUACCUCUCCCAAUUUCACUUUUGUUGGAAAUGUAUCCAUUGGCCUCCCCGGACAUCAGUCAGAGCAUUGCACUAUACCGUUAAAAGUGCUCACGAGCCACUAUGAUUCUAUUCUUUUUGCAUACGGAGCAUCUGAGGACAAAAAGUUACACAUCCCAGGAGAGUCAUCUCUUAACGGAAUUUACUCUGCUCGCCAAUUUGUGGGCUGGUACAAUGGCCAUCCUGAUUGCACAGAGCUUGCGCCAGAUCUGUCUCGCUCCGAGGAAGCAGUCAUCAUCGGCCAGGGAAACGUCGCCUUGGACGUGGCUAGAAUAUUGCUAGAAGAUGUAGACGUACUUAGAAAGACUGAUAUUUCAGAAACGGCACUCGCACAAUUGGCCCAAAGUCGAGUCAAAAGGGUCCAUGUUGUGGGUCGCAGAGGCCCGAUGCAGGCGGCAUUCACAAUAAAAGAAGUCCGCGAGCUGAUGAAGCUUUCCGAUGUCUCUUUUCAUGGAGUGGACAACUCAUUAAUGCCAGAAGCUCUUGAUACCCUUCCGAGAGCUGCCAAACGGCUGAUGGAAGUCCUUCGAAAAGGAACACCAACCAACCCUUCUAAUACUCCAAAAUCUUGGUCCCUCGAUAGCUGCCUAUCACCAAAAGCCUUUGUUGGUAGCAAGCUAAAUCCUUCACAUGUGGGCGGCACCGAAUUCUACGUCACAAAGCUGGAAGAUCCGUUCAACCCUCGAUCUUCUGUCUCUCUCACAGAGGAGACUAUGACUCUGCCGUCAGAUAUAGCCUUCCGCUCCGUUGGGUAUAAGUCGGUGGCCCUACCAGGGUUUGCUGAAGCCGGUAUUCAUUUUGACGAGAAGCGAGGGGUUAUCAAGAACGACGGAGUGGGCCGAGCGAUACAGCUGCCAACCGAUACCGGCAACUCCAUCGAAACGCAACCAUCAGCAUUGCCCGGUGUCUACUGCGCUGGUUGGGUUAAGAAUGGCCCCACUGGCGUCAUUGCGUCCACCAUGAGAGACGCAUUUAUAACAGGAGACGCUGUGGUGCAAGACUGGCUCUCGGGGGCUCCUUUCUUAGGUUCCUCAGCAAAUGGCACGGCUGAGGGAUGGGCAGCUGUCAGCGCUGACGUUGGCGCUCUAUCCAAACAAGUAGUUACAUGGGAUCAAUGGCGCCAGAUAGACCAGGCUGAAAGAGAACGAGGGUCGGAAAAGGGUAAAGAAAGGGACAAGUUCACCGACGUUGGAGAUAUGCUCAACUCAAUCACAUAG